UUUUAACACAGUCUUGUUCGGAAUUUAAGCUUUUGUUGGGAGAGUACGGAAGAAAGAGAGGCUGUUUUGGGCAACGCGAGAAAGAAUUGGGGAAGAAAAUGUCCGGAGCAGGAGCAGCAGCGUGGGGUCUCUGUUCUGUGAGAUUUGUGGCUGUUUUGCUGUUUUUUAUCGGAGCUGAACUCGCACUGGGACAUAAUGGGAAUACAGAACCGUGUCCGAGUCAUUGUACGUGUACUGGUACUUUACUGGACUGUAGCCGAAUCCCGAGAGGACAGAUUCCACAGAGUCUACCUUCCUAUAUCACACAACUAGAUCUGAGCCAUAACAAAUUACGAACACUUCCAGAGGUGCUGUUUACUUCACUGAAGCACCUAACUGAAAUAAAACUGAAUAACAACGAAUUGGAGAUGAUAACGGAUUUUGGCCCUCAUUCCAAGAACAUCAGCAGCCUCAUUUUAGCUAAUAACAAGAUCUCAAAGAUAUCGUCGGAGCAGCUCGGGCCGUUUCUUUCGCUAGAGACGCUAGACCUCAGCAAUAACAACCUGGUGGAACUGAAGACCGGAGCCUUUCCUUCUCUUCCUCUAAAAAACUUAUACCUAAACAACAACCGGAUCUCUGUAUUGGAGCACGGCUGCUUCAGCAACAUUUCCAACACCCUACUGGUGCUGAGACUAAACCGGAAUCGUCUGAACUCCAUACCAGCCAAGAUCUUUCAGCUACCCAACCUUCAACACCUGGAUCUGAGCAGGAACCGGGUUCGACGUAUUGAGGGCUUGACAUUCCAUGGGCUUCACACACUUCGCUCUUUAAAGAUGCAGAGGAACGGCAUCACGCGCCUGAUGGACGGAGCCUUCUGGGGCCUCAGCAACAUGGAAGUUCUGCAGCUGGAGUAUAAUAAUUUGACUGAGGUGAAUAAGGGCUGGCUCUACGGGCUGCUCACCCUGCAGCAGCUACAUCUGGCUAACAACGCCAUCAGCCGCAUCAAAUCCGACGCCUGGGAGUUCUGCCAAAAACUCGCCGAGCUGAAUCUUAGCUCUAAUCAGCUGACUCGUCUGGAGGAGGGAAGCUUCAUGGGCCUGAGUGUGCUUGAACAGCUCUCUAUUGGCUACAACAAAGUCAGCUUCAUCACUGAUGGGGCCUUCAAGGGUCUUUCUAACCUGCACUUACUGGAUUUAAGAUACAAUGAAAUUUCCUGGACCAUAGAGGACAUGAAUGGACCCUUUUCAGCUCUGAACAAUCUUAGAAAGCUAUUUCUUCAAGGGAAUCAGAUUCGAUCAGUUACAAAGAAAUCUUUUACUGGACUGGACUUGCUAGAGCAGCUUGAUCUUGGCAACAAUGCUAUCAUGUCGAUUCAAGGUAACGCCUUUGCCCAGAUGAAGAAACUAGAGGAGCUGCACCUCAACACGUCAAGUCUGCUUUGUGACUGCCAGCUAAAGUGGUUCCCACUGUGGGUGGCAGAGCAACCCUUCCUGUCCUUGGUCAACGCCAGCUGUGCCCAUCCACAGCCGCUCAAGACCAAGACCAUCUUUGCAGUCAGCCAGGAUGAGUUUGUGUGCGAUGACUUCCCCAAGCCUCAAAUCACAGUGCAGCCCGAGACGCAGUCGGCCAUCAAAGGCACCAACGUGACCUUCGUGUGCUCGGCAGCCAGCUCCAGCGACUCACCCAUGACCUUUGCCUGGAAGAAGGACAACGAGGUCCUGAACAACGCAGACAUUCACAACCAGGCUCAUCUACGAUCACAAGCGGGCGAUGCGAGCCAGGUUACCGAGUACACAACCACAUUGCAGCUGCACUAUGUGGAGUCCUCCAGUGAGGGAAAAUACCAGUGUGUCAUCUCCAACCACUUUGGCUCCACCUAUUCUGCCAAAGCUAAGCUCACAGUGCACAUGCUGCCAUCCUUGACCAAAAUUCCCAUGGAUCUUACUGUCCGUGCGGGUGCCACUGCCCGACUGGAGUGUGCCGCCACCGGCCAUCCCACCCCUCAGAUCGCCUGGCAGAAAGACGGAGGCACAGACUUCCCGGCUGCAAGAGAACGCCGAAUGCACGUGAUGCCCAGUGAUGCUGUCUUUUUCAUUGUGGAUGUGAAAACCGAAGAUAUUGGCGUUUACAGCUGCACCGCCCAGAAUACAGCUGGUGCUAUAUCUGCUAAUGCUACACUAACUGUUCUGGAAACACCAUCAUUCCUGCGUCCCCUGACCGACCGUACAGUAGCCAGAGGUGAGACGGCCGUCCUGCAGUGCAUUGCAGGUGGAAGCCCUCCACCACGCCUCAACUGGACCAAGGAUGACGGGCCGCUGACGCUGACCGAGCGCCACUUUUUCGCCGCCGGGAACCAGCUGCUGAUCAUCGUGGAUGCGGCCGAGGCAGAUGCCGGCACAUACACCUGUGAGAUGUCUAACCCCCUGGGCACAGAGAGGGGCAACGUGCGGCUCGCCGUGCUGCCCAACCCUAACUGCGAGUCCAGCCAGGCAGGCUCAGGGGUGCUGGGCACGAUAGGUGGUGGAUACGAGGAGGAUGGCUGGACCACAGUGGGCAUUGUCAUCAUCGCUGUGGUGUGCUGCGUGGUGGGCACAUCGCUGGUGUGGGUGGUCAUCAUAUACCACACACGUCGGCGCAACGAGGAUUGCAGCGUAACCAACACAGAUGAGACCAAUCUGCCAGCCGACAUCCCUAGCUACCUGUCCUCUCAGGGUACGCUGGCGGAGCACCAGGAUGGAUAUGUGCCCUCAGAGACCGGCAGUAACCACCAGUAUAUAAGCUCUUCAUUGGGAGGAUUCUAUCUGCAGCCUAAGGACAUGAAAGGUCUUUGUCAGCUGGACACAGGAAGCGAAACAGAUAUGGAGGCAUCUAUUGACCCACUACUUUGCCAUUUCCAAGGUCCUUUCAGCUCAUUGCUUAGAAGAGGCAACCUGUACGGCCCAGACCCCACAGACGCAUAUGCAGGCUUUACUGCAGAUCAGAGACUCAUGUGCAGGGAUUCUUAUAGCUCAAAGAAGAGAGACUGUUAUGGCUAUGCUCCAUCUGUGUCCUCGGAUUCAUUCGAGCACAUGAACCCCGGGGUGCUGAUGCAGUGUGACAGGGAGGAAUGUGGUCAGUCUCAGCUGCCCCCAGCCUCCUAUAUGGGUACAUUUGGUAAAACUCCAUGGAGACCUCAGCCGGAUCUUUACCCCAGCCUCUGCACCUCAGUCUCUCAUAAAGGAGUGACGCUCCACGAGAACCCGUACUCGACCCUCCAUUACGACUCGGAGCAUGAAGAAGACCUCUCUGCUCAUUCACUUUCACAGAAUCAGACAUCAGACCUGGACAGCAGUGUGUAUGAACAGUCGUUCGACAGCAACAAGCCUGCGGAGAUUUGCAUAAACUCUCAGCCCUUCUCAUAGCACAAGAGUGUUAUAAAGGAGGACUGAAAAAACUGAACUGAUUUCUACCUCAGCCUGGACACACGUCGUGCACGCUGACUUUGAAUGUAAAAGUCGAAAAUGAUGAAUCAUUACCAAAAAACUAAGAGUUCUAAAAAAGGAAAUGUAUAGUCCUUGUUACUUUUGUACUGAAAAAGAUAUAAAAAUUUAUACAUUUUAUAUUUGAAGUAUUUUAUUUUGUAAAUUAACACUGUAAAUAGGAUUUGUUAUUUUGCUUACUUUUUUAUUGAAAGAUGUUCUGAACAGACUGAACAAAUACUCGACAGAUGAAAGGGAAUAUUGAUGGCUGGUCCACCUCUAACACAAAGAUUACUUUGUGAUCCUGUGCAAUGCUUGUGAAAUACAAUAAAAGCUCCUCUGUACUUUUCUAGUAAUAAUACAGACGUUAGAACUUUUAUUCCUUAGAUUUGCUUUUACGUGCCUGAUCACUUAGAGACAUCUUUCAAGCAUAAAGUAUUUAAACACAGUAAUACAGAACCAGCUGUUAACCAGUUGUUGCUUUCAGUGUUUCAUCCCCUUGUGUUUGUGAGUCUGUUACUCAUGCAUCCGCUAUUUGCUACAAGUAAAGCACCCUUUGCACAUAUUGAUUCUUGAUAAUAAAACAUGUGCUGCUACACAGUGAACAAA